AGUGAGGAAGCGAAGCAAUGGAGUCAAAUUUGAUCGUCGCAUGCUGCCAUAUAUGGUCCCCCGGAGCAAAUAAUGUGUUCCGGGGCCGCCGGCCACUGGCUAAACUCUAUAAAUACAAAACGUCGCACUAACAUACUUCAAAUAACCAAACUCUUUACGUUGUUGAGUCAGAUUGCACAACAACAACAACAACAAAUUCAUCCAAAUUAACAGCAUCAUAUAUCUCUACUAUUCAUUCCUUCCUUUUCAGGUCUGCUCCAUAUAUCUGUCUUUUGAUUUGUGGAUUGGUAGAUUACACCUUUAAAUAUACCCAAAUAUUUUGUUCUGCUUCCCAUUAUACCAGAAUAGUACUACAAAAAACUAGUGGAGUGUCGUCUGUUUUCCUCCUUCCUAUCAAAUCUUACCUCCAUAAUACUACAAAGCAACAACAAAAGAAUUUAUAGGAUUUGGGCUAAAGAAAAACAGGGGAAAUGAAAAUGGAAGCAGGACUUAAGAACAAGCUCAAAGCUUUCAUGUCAAUGAAUGCUUUGGUGGUAUUCUUCUACUGCAUAUUACAAACAGUUGGCCAAGUUGGAGGACCAUUACUUGUAAGAAUCUAUUUCUUGCAUGGUGGAAAAAGAAAAUGGCUAUCAGCUUGGUUACUCACAGCUGGAUUCCCCUGCAUGUUCAUCCCAAUCACCAUUUCAUACUUCAAAUCACAAGCCAAAAAUAAGGCAACUUCCUCAUCAUCUUCUUCCUCAAGGAUUUUGGUCACUCCUAAACUGUUUGGAGCUAGUGCUGUAUUGGGAUCUCUACUUGGGAUUGAUGGCUAUUUAUACACUUUUGGAAUGUCUUAUCUUCCAGUCUCUGUUUCUUCCCUUCUGGGCUCAUCCCAACUUGCUUUUACAUCAGUCUUUGCUUAUUUUGUAGUGAAGCAUAAGUUCACUCAUUAUUCAAUCAAUUCUGUGGUUCUUAUGACCUUUGGAUCGAUUGUUUUGGGAUUGAACAUGAACGGGGAUCUUCCCGCUGGCGAAUCUAAUGCUAAUUAUACACUUGGUUUUUUCAUGACGAUUGCCGGUGCUGCUCUUCAUGGAUUCUUAAUGCCGGCUCUUGAAUACACACAUAAGAAGGCUGGAGUUGUUCUAACGUUUGAUCUUGUUUUGCAAGUUCAAUUCCUCAUUGCGGUAUUUGCUACUCUGUUUUGUACGGUUCCCAUGAUCAUCAACCAUGACUUUCAGGCUAUGCCAAAAGAGGCUGCGGAAUUCGAAUUGGGACCAAUCAAGUACUAUGUGAUAUUAGCAUUGGCAGCAAUAAUACUCCAAUGUUUAAUUAUAGGAAGCAUUGGGUUAAUCUUUAGUUCUUCAUCCUUAUUUGGUGGGAUUGUUUCUUCCCUUUUGGUUCCAGUCCAACAGAUUUUUGCUGUCAUCUUCUUACCUGAAAGCUUCAGUGCUGAAAAAUGGAUGGCCUUGGCAAUGUGUCUAUGGGGAUUUGCUUCUUACUUUUAUGGAGAAUAUAAAGUGAACCAGAAGAAGCAAUCAGAGACUAGCAAUGGCACCGUUCAUGAGGAAGUUUGAUAGUACCGUCAGAGAUAACGUUAUGCAACCCAUUUCCUUAAUUAUUUUUUUUCAUGUAUUAAUUUUAUAAGUAAUGUACAUAGAGUAGAUAUGCAAGUGUUUGCAUAUAUAAUAAUAAUUAUUAAAAAAAAAGGUGAUGCAAGUGUGAAUUUUCUUAUGAGCAGAAAAAGUAUCCUAGGACAUAGAUUCAUAGUAUUUGUAUACAUCUAUGAAUGAAUGUCUCGUAUCAUUCCUGCAUAUAAGUAUUUUAUUACUAAUUUCAACCGUCCUUUUUUUUUCUCUUUAAAGAUAAAAAACAAAUAAAUGUUUCCACUCGAUCCAAAAGAUAUUGCUCAACUUGAAU